AUGGCGUCAACUGUGAGUACUGGACAGGAGGACGUUCCUGGCACUGAGUAUCUGGUUGAUGUCGGCCAUCACCUGGACGUCUCUCAUGCGGGAAAGGGUAGAUCGGACGUUGUGCUUAUCCCACAGCCGACGGUUUGUGGCGGAGAUACAUUGACGUGGCCGCAAUGGAAGAAAUACUACCAACUUUUUCUACUUGCACUCUAUGCCUGCGCCUUCUCAUACGGAGAAAACACUCUCGGCGCCGCCUGGACGACCGUCAGCGAAGACACAGGGGUAUCCCUCACAAACAUGAACGGCGGCAGCGCGCUCAACUACCUCCUCCUCGGCUUCGUCAACAUCCUCUGGAUCCCGACAGCGAUGAAGGUCGGGCGCCGGCCGGUGCUGCUGCUGACGACGCUCAUCUGCACGAGCGCAGGCAUUUGGACGGCCAACUUCACGGGGACGGCGCAGUGGAUGCUGUCGAACGUGCUCAACGGGGUCGGCACCAGCGCGUACCAGGCCGUAAUCCAGCUCUGCGUCUUCGACAUGUUCUUCGUGCACGAGCGCGGCCGCGGCCUGUCGUACUACCUCUUCGGCCAGCAGCUGGGCUCCAUCCUCGGCCUCAUCACCGGCGGUAGCAUCGCUGACGGGCCGGGCUGGCGCUGGAGUCAGUGGAUUGUUGCCAUUAUUGAUGCUGCGGUGCUGGUGCUGCUUGUCAUCUCGUUUGAGGAGACCAUGUUCCCGCGCUUCUUGUUUGCGCGGCACAGUGCUGCUGCUGCGGGUGGGAGCUCCGAUAGGCCUGUGGAGAGUGAUGGUGGCCAGCACAAGGCCGACCCAGACCGCAAGGACGCAAGUGUCGUCGCCGAGCAGCAGCCUGCGAGCGGUGUCGAUGCUGAAGUUGGUGAUACACUUCCCGACUUUCCGAAAAGGACCGCGGUGCAGAAGCUUAAGCUCUGGACAUACUAUCCGCAGGACACGACCACGUGGUGGCAGUACUUCCGGCGGCCGUUCUUCCUGUUCGGCUUCCCAAACGUCGUCAUUGUGAGUUGCUUUCCCCUCACCAACGGCAUGAACCACAUCAUUGACACUUCCAAGUCCGGCUUCAUCUUCGCCUUCGGCUGCACCGCAGGCAUCGUCUCCUUCAACACCAUCUCCGAAAUCCUCACCUCACCCCCCUACAACUGGAGCACGACCUCAACCGGCCUGGUCUUCCUCGCCGCGCUCGUCGGCAACGGCGUGGGGUGGGCGACGGGCGGGCCAUUCGGCGACGCACUAGUCCUACACCUAGCGCGGCGCAACAAUGGCGUGAAAGAACCGGAGAUGCGGCUGUGGGCGCUGUGCGCGAGCGCCGUGUACGCCGCGGCGGGCUACUUCCUGUACGGGUGGGGCGCGCGGGCGGGGGCGCACUGGUUGACCAUUGCCUUUGGUGUGGGCGCCAUGAUUGCGCACCAGGUCAGCGCGUGCGCGGUCGCGACGGCGUAUGCGAUGGAUUGCUUUCCGGCGAUCUCCGGUGAACUGGUCGUCGUGCUGGCGAUUUGCUCGUCGUGCAUCAACUUCGCUAUCUCGUAUAGUGUGCAGCCGUUCAUCAAUGCGGCUGGGUAUGGAUGGGCGUUUACCUUCUUCGGACUUUGCGUUCUGGCUAGCAUGCUUGCUGCUGUGCCAAUGAGCAUCUUCGGGAAGAGUUGGAGGAGGAAGUGCGCAAGCAAGUACCGUGAGUUUCUUAGGGAGAGGGGUGAGGUUGAGUAA